AAACCCUAAUUCUUACUGUAUCUGUUUUUCCUCUUUCCCUCUUCGAUACCCGAAAGAACACACACACUCUCUCUCAGUGUGAUGGCAACGGAAGAGAAAGACAAGGGAUACGAAGGGGGAGCAGGAGGCAAGUUUCGGAAACGCCCCUUCCGCAGGACCCAAACGACGCCGUACGAUCGUCCGCCAACAUCCCUCAGAAACCCUAACAGCAAUAAUGGUUGGUUAUCGAAGUUGGUUGAUCCCGCUCACAGGCUUAUCACUUAUAGCGCUCAUUCUCUCUUCUCCUCUCUCUUCCGCAAGCGCCUCCCUCCCCCUCCCUCAAUUCCUUCUCCAGGAACAGAACAGGAAGUAAGGAACAAUCAUCAGGAAGAAGCUGCCUAUGUUGCAAACAAUUCCUCUGGCAAGCAACAAGGACCUGUUGUUGGAAGUGAUGCUCAGACUAAUUGUUCUGAUGGUGGUGGAUUAAAUGAACUUGAAAAGCUACUAAAGCAGAAGACUUUCACAAGAUCCGAGAUUGAUCAUUUGACAGCACUUAUGCAUUCAAGAACUGUGGAUACACCUGUCAGGGAAGAAGAAAAGCGGACCGAAAUAAUUCCAUCAGAACCAAUGUUACCUAGUGGACGAAGGGAAGAAUAUUCCAAAACACCUGCAGUUGCAAAUGGGUUUGAAAAUCAUCUUGUUGUAACCCCGCAUGUUACUUCAAGUUUUCCUGUUGAGAAUGUUGGCUCACCCGUGGAGCAUGCAAAGGCUUACAUGGGGAGCAGGCCUUCCAAGGUAUCCUCUUCAAUUUUAGGCAUGCAAACUUCUGCUCUCAGGGAAGACCCAACUCUUGUAAAAAGUGAAAACAUCCCUUUUAAAUCCCCUAUUAUGUCAAUUGUGCCAAGGGCUACUAGACAUGCUGCAGUUCAUGAAAAUGGCUUUGUGACCCGAAGGUCUCAUGGCAGAACUGCAAUAUAUAAUAUGGCUCGAACACCAUACGCCAGAAUUUAUCCAACAUCUACUGUCAAGGGUGAUGGGCUUGCUGUGGAAGGUGAGCCGUUUUCUUCAAGUCAGUCUGCAUUGCAUCAUGACAUGCUUUCUGGAUCUAAACAAGGGGCAGUAAAGCGUAGAAGUUCAGUGUUGGAUAAUGAUACUGCAUCUGUUGGUCCUAUACGUCGAAUUCGUCAGAAGUCCAAUCUUCUAUAUUCUAAAGAGUCAAGCUUACCUCUUUCUAGCAGUUCUCUAUCCAUUCCUAGGAGCAGAAUGAGUAUUGAUACUACUCAGCAACCCUCAUCUUCCAUUCAGAAGCCUGUUAUACCGGAUGAUGUUGAACAUAGCCAUAUGAAAUAUUCAGAAGAAAAUGUGGAUGACACUAUACCUAGUUCAAACUUCACCCCUUUACCCUCAAAAUCCAGUGAAAUGGCUUCAAAAAUACUGCAUCAACUAGAUAAAUUGGUUUCUCCAAAAGAAAAAGCAUCAGAAUUAAGGCUACCACCACUUGGGAAUGAUAAUUCACCAACAAAGUUGUCACCUUCCAUGUUACGUGGACAGGCCCUUCGAAGCAUGGAAAUGGUAGAUUCAUCAAAAUUGCUGGACAAUAUACAAGGUAACAAGUUAGAUAGCCCAUUUGGAAAUUUGUCAGCUAGUGCUCACAAUCAGAAGUUAAAUUCUCAGAGCGAUAAGGUUGAAAAUGGUUCAUUGAAGCUUGUUGCUCCUUGCGAUGGAUUUCUUCCAGUUGUAGCAACUACAGAUGCCACAAACCCAAGGAAUCGAGUCUUGUCUAGUGCAAAAUGUGUGGAUUCUUCUAUGAUAAAAUCUGUUUCUGACCCUCCACAAAAGAAGAGGGUAUUCCAUAUGAGUGCACAUGAGGAUUGUGUGGAUCUGGAUGAUGAUGCUCAUCCUAAUGGAAAUGCAUGUUCUUUUGCUCCUGUUGAGAAAGAAAUGACAAACUCCAUUACUGUGAUAGAGAAAACUGCCUCUGGUACUAAAGCAAUUGCACAGGAGAAUCCCUCAUCACUACCUGUAGCAAGGGCAACCCAAAGUGCCAUAGAUGGUAAAGCUCAUUUUGGGACUACUGAUGUGUUUAGGGUUGGUGAGAAGGUUGAUGUGUCUACCUCUUUGACAUUGUCUUUCCCUGACCCAACUUCUAAGCCAGUUAUGGCUUCAGUUACAGCAGCUACACAAGCUAGUUUUGGUUUGGACAAGCCUGCUUCAUCAAAUGGAUCAAUUGCUAAUCCUCCCCUGUUUAAUUUUGGGAAUAAAGUGGUUUCACCGGCAGAGUUAAUGGCUAUUGGUGCUCCAUCAGAGGAGAUAACCAAAUCAGGUCCAGUGUUUGGUUUGGAAAAAGAUGUUUCAUCAAAGAAGCAUGUUGCUGAUGCUCCAUUUGUGAACUUUGGCUCCGAUAAAAAUGUUGACAAGGUUUCACCAAUGCCAUUUACUGCUUUAUCAUCAGUUCAUGGUGAAUCCACUUUUCUGAAAUCUAGUGCGUCUUCUGAGUCAAAGCUGGGAAGCUCAAUCAGCUCAACUAUUGUUGCUGGUGCAACUGAAUCUAUGCCAAAGGUUUGUCAAUCUGAUAAUGGUGAUAUUGAUACUAAAAUAGAUACUGGAUCUUCUCUUAGGGCAUCAGAACUAGCUUGUUCAUCUGCAUCACCAUCAUCAUUAUUGACAUCACCCAAGAGUAUAUUCACUUUUAGCCAAAGUUCAAAUCAAAAUUGUGGGCUGGUUUCAUGCCCAUCAUGUUCUUCCUCUCCAUCUCUUGCAUCAAAUGACUUUACCGGUCAGAAUAUAUUCAGCAAUUCAUCUGCUGCCACAAGCAGUGCUGCUGCAGAUUCUACUGGCACUAAUAUGGCAACUAUUGCUCCCGCUACAAUUGGAUCAAGUAAUAGCAGUUCCUCGACCCCAGUGGUGGCAUCUUCAUCUUCAACAACUUCCUUUUUCAAAUUUGGAUCCUCUCUUGUUGCAUCAACAAGUUUACCUUUAUCUUCUUCUGGAUCAGCAACGGUGGAAACUAAAAGCAGGCAGGAUGCCCAUGUUGGUAGUCUUAGCAGCACUGCCUUUGGUAGCUCAUCUGCAGGGAGUGUCAUUUUUGGUUUAAGCUCUUCAGCAACAACUGUAAAUAGCCAGUCUCAGUGUUCUAUCAUUGGUUCUAGCGGUGGUUCUGUGCUUGGUGCUCAGACAUCUUUUAUCAGUGGGUUUGCAACUUCUAGUCAGACCCAGUCGGUUCCAUUUGGUUCAUCUGCAUCAUCUUCAUCAUUUGGGUUGACUGGGAACACAGCUUUUUCUUUGGGGAGUUCUUUAUUUCCUUCUUCAAGCCCUGCUACUAAUACAGCUUUUUCUUCUGGGAGUUCUUUGUUUCCUUCUUCAAGUUCUACCACAAACGGUACCAAUUCUGGUACUUUGGGAUUCAGCACCUCUGCUUCCUCUUCAGCUGCCAAUUCUGUUAGCUCCAAUAGCGGUACAAGCUCUACUUUAUUUGGGUCUAGUUGGCAGCCCAGCAAGUCUCCAUUUGAUUCCACAUUUAGUUCAUCAUCUUCAUCUGGGUUUUCCUUUGGAACAUCCACUUCUUCUGUUGCUUCAGCCAGUUCAGCCACGCUAUUUUCAUCAACCUCCAGUGCAUCAACUCCUCAAUUCUCUUUUACUUCAGCAGCAGCCUCUACCUCCACUCAGCCUCCUUUUGAAAGUCCAAAUCCUGUCUUCACAUUUACUUCAGCUCAUGCUAAUAAUUAUCAGAUAAGUAUGGAGGACAGUAUGGCUGAGGAUACAGUUCAAGCGACCCCACCGGUGACUUCUAUAUUUGGUCAGCAACCUGUUCCAGUUCAAUCAAAUUUUAUAUUUGGACCAUCAACCCCAUCAGGAGCCAGUCCUUACCAGUUUGUUAGUCAACAGAAUAUUGCGCUGCAAAACCCUUCUUCUUUUCAGGCUUCUAGCAGUCUAGAAUUUAAUGCUGGAGGGAGUUUCUCACUGGGUACAGGUGGUGGUGACAAAGCUGGUCGAAGAAUUUUGAAAGUUAAACAUAAACAACGCAAGAAGUAAAACCUUGUUUAUUAAAAUGGUUACCUUCUAUCACUGCUGCUGCAGACUACACUUCAGUAAUAAACAAGUUCUGAAGAGUGAAUUGUCGGAUAUUUGUGGUCAAUCGGCAGUCUGGACAAGUGGUGCUAUUGCUAAUCGGCAUAUGCAAGUUUGUGAGUCUUCUUUUGCCUUCCAUAUUCUCAAUAGAAAACAAGGCUUAAGUUUGCCCAAUUUUGUAGUAGUAUGAUAAUGAUAUGAUGAAACACGAUGUGCUGUACCUGUAAUGGUUUUAGGUCAGCGUUCAUGAUCUGGUCAGUUGUGAUGAUAAUUCACAAAGAUCGCUGUGUUGUCGAUUGUAACAUAAACAGAAUUAGGUAUCAAUUUAUAGCUUAGCUGGCUGUAACAUUACAGUUCCAGUGAACAAUCUGUGAAAUGAUUAUUACUGGCAGACAGACCUUUUGUUUCUGUGAAAUGAGUGAAAAAUCACUCAUUAAAUAUUGGUCGUAAUUUAUGCAAAUGACCAAAAUGUCAAUGGAUGAGAAAAUAAUAAUUUAACAG